AUCCCUCAGCCGGGGUUGACAAUUAGUUAGUCCGAGUCUGUUAAUGAUGGCACCCCACCAGAACCUUGCAGCCGUAGUGCACGGACCAAACGAUCUUCGCCUAGAGCAACGAUCAAUUCCCGAGCCGGCAUUCAACGAGGUACUUCUCGAAGUGGACUGCUGUGGAAUCUGUGGAACCGACAUCCAUUUCCUGAAGGAGGGUGGCUUCGGUUCCCAAAUGCUGAUUAAACCGAUUGUCCUGGGGCAUGAAUCAUCGGGAAUCGUGCGCAAAGUUGGCAGCAAAGUUACUCAUUUGAAGGUUGGCGAUCGGGUUGCCAUUGAGCCUGCCGCCGGAUGUCGUACAUGUGACCUGUGCAAGGUAGGCAAAUACAAUGUUUGUCUUGAUGGAAAGCAUUGCACCACGCAAAAGCACGACGGGAAUUGUUCAAACUUCUAUGCUCAGUAUGCGGACUGUUGCUACAAACUGCCAGACCAUGUAUCGAUGGAAGAAGGCGCUAUGCUGGAGCCGCUCUCGGUUGCUGUCUACGCUACUCGGAUCGCUGACAUUCGUUUAGGAAGUAGGGUAAUCAUUUUCGGAGCAGGUCCAAUCGGCCUGAUGUGCUUGAUUGCUGCCAAAGCGAUGGGAGCUACGCGAACCGUAAUUCUUGAUUUGGCUAGGGCAAAGCAUCGGCUUGAUUUGGCGAAGAAAUUAGGAGUGACCGGUACGAUCGCGAUAACUAAAGACGACAAAGAAGGCGAUCUUGUGAAACGCAUUCACGAGAUAUUAGGAGGACCUGCUGAUCGUGUGUUGGAGUGUACUGGUUCUGAACCCGGUAUUCGAAUUUCGAUCAGGGCCACCCGAAACGCCGGACAGAUCUGUCUCGUUGGACUCGGGAACGACGACGUCAAAGUGCCAAUGGUGGAUGCCAUAUCGCGGGAAAUUAACAUUUUGACGGCUAUGCGAUUCAAUCACGACUUUCCGGCGGCGUUGGAAAUUGUUGCCAGCGGGUAUGUGAACAUAAAGCCAUUGGCUUCGCAUCACUUCGACCUGAAAAAUGUGCACGAGGCGUUCCGAGUUGCUAGUGAGGGCGAGGGCAAUAAAGUUCUGAUCCAUCUGGUUCCGAGAGAUACGAACAACAACAAGAAGUUUGUAAAUUAAGGUUUCAAAAGAUAUAAAUUACAGAAAAUGGGAGGCACUAAAUUGCCGUUCUUGUUUCUAUGAAAUAAAAACACUUAGGUUUAAUUAGGUUAUUAGGUUUUAAACAUUAUUCAAUAAAUUCGUUAAGUUUUUGU